AUGCAACUUGAUUACGAGGACGGACAUGAAACUGAGCUGUCCUUUCCAACCUUGCCCAUCGAUAUUCUUCUGCACAUAUUGUCCUACCUCUCCGUGAAAGAUGUUAUAUCUCUAAGGAAGACUUCCAAACAUCUUCAGUCCCUUACCCGCCUGCACGCAGUAUGGCUGAACGUCCUACUGGCGGAAGUGCUCCCCAUGAACAUUCCAAUGCCGGGCCUCUACUCACGCGACAUAUCCUCGCUCUCCGCCUCUGACCUCGAGGCUAUGAUAAGCCGUGCCCUGCGUUUGCGGAAGAACUGGUUAUCCCAACACCCAGAGACAAGGAAGCGGCUAGAAAUUGUUCCUUUACCGGAGGAGGAAAAACGGGAUACAUUACGCAGCGCGGUGGUCAGAUUCUUACCAGGGCGGUGCAACCGUUAUCUCCUCACAGUCACCGGACACACAAACUUCUCCAGAAGACGAUAUACGGUCCAGUGCUGGGAUCUUGAGGCAGACAGCGGCCCAAAAUGUGUCGCGGUUCGCAGGUUCACAGAGAUCGUCAGCGUGGCCGUGAAUUGCGAUCCGACGGCGCCGGGAGUCCUCUCUGUUACAUGUAAGGUCGAAGGUGACGCCGCAGCGCAUCCGUCAACGUUUAUCCAUGCCCUGGAUUUGGGGCCUACGAACGACAACCCUGAGUAUGCGUUCAAGUACAUCAAUCAUUUCCCUGGAUGUAGGCGGCUGCACAUAUUCCGCGGGUCUCUUCUCGUUGGUACCAAUGAGUCCGAGGCGGUGCGAGUAUGGGACGUGAACACCGGAAAAGUGAUAUUCGAGUUACAGGACCCGACCACUCACCAGCCAGGCGUGUGUGUCAGUGCCGUGUUCCUGGAAGACACCCGUUUCCUAGUUCUUUUCCGGACCGUUUCUCUUGAGAUUUAUCUGCUCCCGCCAUGUCCUACCUCAGCUCCUCCCGCUCCUCCCUCCCCUACCAGCCCAAACACGGAUUUUCAGGUUUUACACCCCGUAGCAAUGUACCGCUGGCAAUGGCGGAUCGACUCGGUAUCCGUGUCAUUCCAGAUGGACGCAAGGAAGCGUUACGGUAAGCAACUGAACACGCCUUCAACGUGUUCAUCGUCCCAGAAAUCCAAGACCAAUGAAAACGGACACCCGUACGAACCAACGCCGAUGCACCUCUUCAUGCGGUUCGACAGCUGGUUCCCGUGGCCCGUGAACCUCCUUCAUCACUUCGUCCUGUACCCAAAUCCAUCCUACGCACCUUCUCUACCCCCGUCUGCAAGCCCCGUUUUCUCCGAUCACCCACCUUCCCACCUCAAUAUGAACCAACCCAACCUUCCCACCUCCCACGCCCUCUCGACGUCCUCAUUCAACCCCCUCACAGAUCUUCCGUACCUUGCGACCCCAGACCAGACGCCCACGCUCGUCUCCUCCAUAUCGAGCAAUGUGCGCCUCUUUGCACCCAGCGACAUGGUACUCGGCGAAUGGGGCACCGCGCUCUGGCUGGACACACAGACAGAGGCGUGGGGCGUGAGCAGUGAGCUCGGGCAGCGCAUCGCGGGGCGGGUGGUAGUGACGUCCGGGUUUGACGAACGCAAAGCAUAUCCUGCUCAGGGCAGCGAGGGUGAGAGUGUGAAUACGACGACCGCCGCCGCCGAGCCGGCAUUAGGGGCCGCGUUCGCAGCGGCCACACGCCAGGUGCCCCCGGCUCAGACGGCGUCUAUGACCUUCGGGAUACGCGAUACUAGUGUGGGUAGAAAGAUGGGAGAAGGGGGAGUGCCCUCGGCCGGGGGCAGAGGAGGCGCGGAUGAGUGGACGAAUCUUGCGCUGGACGAGGAGGGUGGCCGGGUCAUUGUGGGACGAAGCGGUGGGCGUGUGGAGGUCUGGGAGUACGUUUGA